CUUUGUUUCUGAACUUUAUAUGCGAUUUUGCUGACCAUCGCCGUGUCCGUCAUCGCCGCGCACGUCCACUCGCCGUCGUCGCUGGCCUCGCCGCUGUUCGCCAUGCCGCCCACAGUCCCCCCGCCAUGUCCCACGACCCCCAGCAGUCCCCCAUCAGCGCGAGCGGGUCUAGCAACUGGACCGACCCGCCGUGGAUGGGCUUCAUCGAGACGACAGGUGACGCGCUGCUCAUCCUCGAAGCGGCGCGGCGUGGUAUGAUUCCCCGCGUCACCCGGCGCCUCGUCGACUCUGAACGCAAGAUGAUCACCUCUGGCUCUGUCUUUGUCUUCGACGAGGACGAGAGCGGCAUCAAACGGUGGACGGACGGCUUUUUCUGGAGCCCCAGUCGCAUCCUGGGCAAUUUCCUGCUUUAUCGCGAGACGGAGAAGCGCGGCGCGGGGCAUAGGAGCACCCGUGUUGAGCAGCCACUGGAGGAAGUAGACCCCAAGGGCGACGGCCAGUCGCUGAGCCGGCCAAAGAGCGAGGCCCACCGCUUGACGAGCGUCGACCGCCAGCGCGAGCGCAGCCUCGUAGGGAGCCUCACGAACAGCUACAAGUUCAAGCCAGGUGGGAUGAUGAAAAAGACAUUCUCCCUCACCAUCGGGGGUGUCGCCCAGCAUCUCAUUUCCUACUACAAGAUUGAAGAUGUCGAAAAGGGCCGUCUGCGCUCGCCCUCAUCCUUGCCUGAAAUCGCGUCGCUCGACAUCUCCUCCGAAUACCUAGACAAGACGCACUUCCGCAACCCGCCCAAAGUCGAGGUCGGCGUGGACGGCGUCCCGCGCUACCGCGGUGAGGCGGACGACACCGAGUCUUCGCCUACACUUCUACCCGCGCCGCUCUCAGGCAUGCCGCUCUACCCAGACAGCAUCGAUUCUUCCAAGCGCGGCAAGCAGCGCUACGGCCCAUACGACGGCAGCACCUCCAACAAGCGGCGCAAGAAGAGUUCUGCAUCCAACGCGAGCUCUUCCCCCGUCGAGCCUACUUCACCCUCGUCCUCCGUCACACAGCCGUCGCCACAAGCAGCGAUAACCUAUCCGGUCUCGGAGUCUUCCUCGGCUCCAACCCAGCCCGCCCCUCACUAUCCUGCGUACGGAUAUUACGUCCCGCCGGGCUACCACCCUCCCCCAGUGUACCCCUCGGCAAGCCCAUACCCCACACUUCCCCCGCCCACGACGAGCUCGCCACACCCGCCCACGCCACCAAGCGCCCAGUACGCGUACCAGAGCUACCCCCCAUCCGAAGCGACAGCGUACAGCUCGUACUAUGCCCAGCCGCAUGCGUACGCAGCGUACACGCCCCCGUCAUGGCCCCACUACAGCUACUCGGCACAGGCGGGGGCGCACGCGCCCGCGAGCAUCGAGGGCGGGGAGCGCGUGGAGGAGGUCGAGGGCGGCGAGUCGUAGGUGGGUUCCGUGCGUGUGCGUGAGGUUGCGUCGUUUUGGAUAGGAUCGCUCGGAUGCCCUGCCUGCUGCUCGUCGUGUUGUGUUUGGUUCGGACAAUCAAGCUCGCCCGCCCGUGUGGGCCGGAGCGAGCGCCGGCCGCUGUGUAUAUGUACGUCUGUUCGCCUCUGCCUCUGCCCUCUGCUUUCUGUGCCUGCUCGUCCCGUCUCGUGCGUCGCUUACGCUCUGAUGUCCUCCCUCGUCCCUUGUCUAUGUCUUCACCGUGUAACGCUGUCCGGCUUCUUGUCCUUGUAGUGCAUUUCUCUGCGCCUCUGCGGAGGCGGCUCUCCCGGCUAUAUGCUUCCGUUUUUGCUUGCUCGUGGUGUAUAUGUGUAUCGCUUAGCUCCUGAAUCUCGUGCGCGGAUUGCCCGUGGUGUACUUGUAGUUCGUUUACAGCAAUGAGCAGCCUCAUGCCUUAAGAACUGA